UCUUUCUGUCUCUCAGGGAGCAUCAGCUUUGUUCGAUAUGAUAGAGUACUAUGAAUCUGCCACUCAUCUCAACAUCUCCAGCAACAAGCACAUCGGCACACGCGGCUGGCAGGCCGCCGCGCACAUGAUGAGGAAGACGAGCUCUCUGCAGUAUCUGGACGCCCGUAACUCGCCGCUGCUGGAUCAUUCAGCUCCGUUCGUGGCCAGAGCUCUGCGGAUCAGCGGCAGUCUCACCGUCCUGCACCUGGAGAACGCCGGCAUCUCAGGACGACCGCUGAUGCUGCUGGGUAAUGAAAGAAAGAAAAAAAAACACUCUGGACAUUAACCCUAUGAAACCUGCUGUGUCAUAUUUAAUGCACAAAACUUUAAAGUGCACCUAUUAUGGGUAAUGCAAGGUUCAUAUUUUGGUUUUGGGAGUCCCCAACAA